AACAUUGAAACACAGUAGCUCUCAACUCCGUUGAGUUUUCAGAAUAUUCGAAACUACAUACGCUUGAUCAAAAUUUUAGAAGAGUUAGAGCGAUCUUUUUGAUUUGUUUGGCAUUGUGUUUGUGCAAGUGGAAUUCGCUGCCCGAAAUGGACACCACAGUGCCGAUGGGCAUGGUGCCCAACAGUCUCCAUCCGAUCCUCAAUCCGCGACCCGUUCCCCUGCCCGUUACCAAGCCGCGGACCAAACUGCAGCAGGAUGAGUUGCACGAUGGCGUUGUGGCCUUCCACAAGGAAAAGGUGCCGCCGCCGGCAUCCUUGCGCUCCAUUCCGCUCCAGCGGGCAAUGUCCGAGGUGCGGAACGCGCUGCGUGCUCAGCCCCAUGCCAGUGACAUUCGCCUGCUGAUCUUCACGGCGGCGGCCAGCAGCGUGGAGCACGAGAGGACCCUCGUCCCGGUGCCGCCGCAGUUCCAGGCGGCGCUGGGUUCCGGCUGCCAGGUGGAUCGACUGCGUCGUGCCGUCGCCGACAACUGGACCUCCUGCCGCCUCAUGCUCGACUGUCCCGUUGACGACGAGCAAUAUGCCAAUAUGGCGCCGGACGAUGCGGACGCCCUGCAUCUGCUGCACUGGAUCCUGGUGGCCACGCCCUCGUCGCCCACUCUGCGUCGCAUGUCGGGACUGCAUUUGCGGCGACUUUGUCGCGUCCUGGGCCUGGCACGUCCCACCUCGGAGCCCGGUCACCUGCUGAGCAUCAGCUAUGAGCGGGAUGAUCCGAGGACGAGGGCUCCCAGUCCAAGGCCCAGUUACGCCUAUCUGGGCGUGCCCUUCAUGCACCUAUAUCGCUUCCUGGCCACCGGACGUCUGGUGCAUCCGCCAGGUGUGCCCAUCCGUUUGUAUGCCCAACCGGAAACAGCCUUGGUUCACUGCGAGGAGCUGAGUUCGCUGCCCCAGGAGCAGGAGCAUGUCCAGGUGGGCGAGCUGUCCACCGGCCCAUCCACUGGCGAGAAGGAGCCGUCGGGCAAGCCAAGUGCACUGUGCUGGCGGAACUCCAUACUGAGUGCACCGCAAAGGGCACUGGUCAUAUGCCAACUGCCCACCGAGUUGGACGAGUCCAUUGCCCAUUCGCCGGAGAAGCACUUUCUGGAAUACUAUGUGCAGGAAUCGCUGGCGCUGCGACCCUGCUAUCUGCUCUUGUUCGACGAGGCGGUGGCCUCCAAUUCGAUGUUCGCCUGGCCGGGCAGAUGCAUUGAGCUGGAGCACACGGCUCCUUCGAUGGUCCAGAGAACGCGUGUCAAGAUCCUAAAAACGGUCCGCAGUCUGGGCAGUCGAUUGGAAGCCAUUAGGCGGGCCAUAGCCGCCAUAUAGCCGUCAUAUAGCAGUCAUAUAAAGAUAUGAAAUUGUUUUUUUUAGAGUACUGAUCUCGGCCAGUCGUGGACAUGCCGACUCCGGCGCACUGCAGCUUCUUAAUGUUUCGGAAUUGUAAAUAAACAUUUGGCUACUAUACCAUCAUAUUACACUAUUA